AUUUCUGAUCUCGAUUGAUGCAUCAACAACCUCAUGGCUGUUUUCAACCUCACCCCCUCUGACCCUUCAACAUUCAUCCUAACGGGCAUCCCAGGCCUGGAAGCUGCUCACGUCUGGAUUUCCAUCCCUUUUUCUAUGUUCUACCUUAUUGGCCUGUUGGGAAAUUUCACAGUUCUGUUUGUUGUAGGGAAAGAGCAGACCCUACACAAGCCGAUGUACCUCCUUCUCUGCAUGCUGGCACUCACAGAAAUCAUUACAUCUACCUCCAUCAUGCCGAAGGCACUGUUUAUAUUUUGGUUCAAUUUGAAAGGCAUUACUAUGGAUGGCUGCCUCACCCAGAUGUUCUUCCUUCACACGGGUUCUAUGAUGCACUCAGCCAUCCUCGUGACAAUGGCCUUUGAUCGCUACGUCGCCAUAUGUAACCCUUUGAGAUAUGACACCAUCCUCACUAAUGCACGAAUAGCUAAGCUAGGGCUAAUGGGUUUGAUAAGAACCAUUCUCUUCAUUCUGCCUCUUCCCCUGCUCCUCAGCAGGCAGCCAUUCUGUGCCAACCGCAUUAUCCCCCAUACGUACUGUGACCACAUGGCUGUGGCAAAGAUAUCAUGUGGGGACAUCACAGUGAACAGGACAUAUGGCUUGGUGAUGGCAUUUGUAGUCAUUGGGUUAGAUCUGACACUGGUUGCCCUGUCCUAUUGUCUGAUCAUCAGAGCUGUCCUCAGAAUCUCCUCCAAGAAAGCCCACCAGAAAGCCCUGAACACCUGCACAGCCCACAUCGGUGUGAUGCUGAUGUCCUAUCCUUCUUUCUUCUUCUCCACUCUGACACACCGGUUUGGUCAGGGCAUCGCGCCCCACAUUCACAUCAUCUUGGCCAACCUCUAUUUGCUUCUCCCCCCUAUGCUUGACCCUGUCAUUUAUGGUGUCAAAACCAAAGAGCUUCGUGACAAAGUCGGCAAGUACACCUGCAGAAGGUGA